CAGCAAACACCCCUCCCGGUCUGAACAACCGUCACAUACGCUCAAGGGAAACGAUCGCCAUAGUGAACCAACAACCGCAUCUCAUCCGUUAGCUACUCGACCCGUUCCAGUGAGGAUAUCGGCAUAAGUUUGAACGACAUAGGACGGGAGAGAUUGCGUCUUUUUUUUUGUCGGAAAGGCGACUUGUGUUUGCGUCCAUUGGCGAAGAGUGGAAAGACGGCAUCCGGCCUCCGUGAAGCAGGCGAGGGCAGGGACUCAAACAACGUUCACCGUCUCUGGCCCCCCCUGCCUCAGAGGCCCAUGGAGAAGAUGAAGAGGUUUAAGAGACGUUUGUCACUCACCCUGCGUGGUAGUCAGACAAUCGACGAGUCACUCUCAGAGCUGGCGGAACAGAUGACCAUCGAGGAGAACAGCAGCAAGGACAGCGAGCCCAUCGUGAGGAAUGGCCGGCCACCCUCUUCCCACAGCAUGCACUCGUUCUUGCACCAGUACACAGGCUCCUUUAAGAAGCCACCUCUGCGUCGGCCACACAGUGUCAUCGGGGGCAGCCUAGGGUCCUUCAUGGCAAUGCCCCGAAAUGGCAGUCGUCUCGACAUUGUUCAUGAGAAUCUGAAGAUGGGUUCUGAUGGAGAGAGCGAUCAGGCCUCAGGGACGUCCUCUGAUGAAAUUCAGUCUCCCACUGGUGUGUGUCUCCGAACCAGAACACACCGCCGCAUAUCCAUGGAGGACCUGAAUAAACGCCUGUCUUUGCCUGCUGAUAUUAGGAUUCCUGAUGGUUACCUGGAAAAGCUUCAGUUGAGCAGCCCACCGUUUGACCAACCCCUCAGCCGACGCUCACGCCGAGCCUCGCUGUCAGAAAUCGGGUUUGGGAAACUGGAGACCUACAUCAAACUGGACAAGUUGGGAGAGGGGACAUAUGCCACUGUCUUCAAGGGGCGGAGCAAACUGACUGACAACCUCGUAGCUCUGAAAGAAAUCCGAUUGGAGCACGAAGAGGGAGCACCAUGCACGGCUAUUAGAGAGGUAUCAUUACUGAAGGAUUUAAAGCACGCCAACAUCGUCACGCUUCAUGACAUCGUCCACACGGACAAAUCCCUAACUCUCGUUUUUGAGUACCUGGAUAAAGAUCUGAAGCAGUACAUGGAUGACUGUGGGAACAUCAUGAGUAUGCACAAUGUUAAGAUUUUCCUGUUCCAGAUCUUGCGAGGGCUGGCGUACUGCCACAGACGGAAGGUUUUGCACAGGGACCUGAAGCCACAGAACCUGCUCAUCAACGAGAGAGGAGAACUCAAACUGGCUGAUUUUGGUCUGGCGCGCGCCAAGUCUGUCCCCACUAAGACGUACUCUAACGAAGUGGUGACCUUAUGGUACAGACCUCCUGAUGUACUCCUGGGAUCCUCAGAGUACUCCACACAGAUUGACAUGUGGGGUGUUGGAUGUAUAUUUUAUGAAAUGGCUGCAGGUCGGCCGCUGUUCCCCGGAUCCACCGUUGAAGACGAGCUGCAUCUAAUCUUCAGAUUACUGGGUACACCUACAGAAGACAACUGGCCCGAUAUCUUGUCCAUCGAAGAGUUCAAAUCCUACAACUUCCCCAAAUACAAGCCUCAGCCCUUCAUCAAUCAUGCACCCAGGUUGGAUACAGAAGGAAUAGAGCUGCUGUUGUCCUUUUUAAGGUAUGAGUCCAAGAAGAGAAUCUCUGCAGAUGAAUCGAUGAAACACUCCUACUUCAAGAGUCUUGGCAUGCGUGUGCACACACUGCCAGAAAACAUUUCCAUAUUUACACUGAAGGAAGUGCAGCUUCAGAGGGACCCCGGUUACCGGAACUCCUCGUACCCAGAGACAGGAAACGGCAAGAACAGAAGGCAGAGCAUGCUGUUUUAAGAUGCGUUCUCUCGCACACUUGCCCCUCGCCAACAUACCCCUCACACAAACACAAGCACACAUAUUUAACGGAUCAGGUUGACGGCUCUUAAUCCGUGACUGUGUUGUAGAGGCUAAAUGACUAGCCCCCUCUCACUCUCUGAGAGACGGUGUUUUCGUGUGCAUGCGUGAUAAAGGGAUUGGUGGAACCUACUGUCUGUCUCACCCCAAUGAUCUGCCUCCAGCAUGCAGCCUUGAGCCAGAAUGGCCAAACGCCCUUUGUCUGGACGCCCUGCCCUUUCCAUGUGUGACGAUUAGGGUGUGCGAACAUGUAAAUAUUUAUUGACUGAGGGGUUGUUUUGCUGCUAAUUGACUACUGUCUCUUCAUAACUUCCUCACUCUUGUGCGACCCUAAGUGGUUGCCAUGGACACAUCAGUCCCAUGUCGAUAAUUAUUAUUAUUUUUUAAAUAAGUGAUAUAAUUCUGUUGAAAUGUUCAUAUUGCAACUGUUGUUAGUUGUUUUGAUUUUACAGAGAUGGAAUGCCUAUACGUGUGUGUUGAAUUUAAUUUUGUUUUUCUGGCAUAGUGAUUUCGCUCUAAGAAAAAAAAAAAAAGAGUGACAGACACAUACAAAAAUGCUCCCUUCCAAGAUAUUCAUUCCAAACCUCAUAUUUUAAUGUACCAUUUCAAAAGAAACCAACGCUUCCUUCAUUGCCUUGCUCUGAUGUGGGAAUGUGCUUUUAUCUGUAAGGACCAUGCCACACCGACAGGCCUGCUGAGCGAGCUCGCUUCAGGUGACCACCUCAAACAUGUUGGAUUCAGAAAUCUCCAGCUUCAUCAGGAAGAUUGACAGAUGAAUUUGUGACUGUUUUGAGUUGAUGAUCUUGCUACAGCACAUCCGGUUGAUGUGACAAGAGAAAUGGUAGAAAACAAACACUGGAGCAGCGGGAACCAUGUGACCUCACCAGUCUGACUGAGAACCGGACCAUCUUUUCUUAAAGGGAUAGUUGACCCCAAAAUUUUAAAAUAUUAUGUCAUGAUUUACUAACCUUCAUGUUGUUCCCAAACCCCUAAAACAGUAUUUCAAGAAAUAUUAGAGAUAUUACACAAAAUGUUAGCUUCAGUCACUUUCACAAGAUGUAAUGGAAGCAAAAGCUGACUUUUAUUUCGUGUUCCACAGAAUAAAGAAAUUCAUAUAGGUUUGGAAAUACAUGAGGGUGAGUAAAUUGAGAUUUUGAAUAAACUAUACCUUUAGCUUUCCUCUUUUUCCUUUCAGUCUUUAGUUAAGUCCUAAUUGAACUUCCUGCCUGAUCUGAAGUGCUUGUAUGCCAGAUUUUUUUUUUAAUUUCUUUAUCUUUUGACAGUUUGCUAUCCUAAUGCAUCAUCACAAAUGACCUUUAAAUCCUAUAAAUUGAGCUCAACUGUAGCUUCAGAGUGUGAAUGUGUGUAUAAUGCUUGUAAGAGAGCGAGGGAAUAUGGAAACCAGUAACUGUACAGAACCACAUUGCUCCAUGCUAGCGAUGUCUGUGAAGAAGAGCUAGUUUCAUUAACAGUAUUAAGAGAUUUGUUUUUGUAAUGUAACAUAUUGACCCUUCUGUGAAUAAUGGUAUUUUAAUGUGGCAUGUUGGAGUCAGACUGUCCCACAUUUGUGCUCGAUUUUAUUCAGAAGAGAAGAUAUUGAGUGUAUGAAAAGGAAAAAGUUACAAAAAAAGUUUGACAGCUGCAUUGGACCAAUGUCUGUCCCCAUUUGUAUACAUGAAGAACGCAGUAGAUAUCCAGUUUUAGUUUCAACAGAUGACUUUUAUUUUAUACUGACCGAUGUUAAUAUUGGAGUUUCUGGAGAUGCGUGUGCGCGUGCGUGCGACGCAUGGAAUGUGUGUGUCCUUUAAGCUCCGCCUCCUAGACACUCUCAGUCCCAGCUCUCGGUUUAACUCUUUGUACUGGAGAUAUUUAUUUCUCUAAAUCAAGUAAACAUGGUCUGUUUCAUACAGAAAAUGCUCCAUC